AUGGGCGGAGGCUCCCGCUCCCCGUUCGUCCCUCCGCCCACUCCGUGCCGCGGCCGCCGGCAGCGGGAGCCGAGCGGGCGGGAGGCGGCGGAGCUCUCUUCGGUCCGCGCCCAGUCGAGCUUCGAGGGGCGCGGGGAGCGCUGCGGACUGCUGCCAUGGGGCAGCUCUGCUGCUUUCCCUUCUCGAGAGGCGAGGAGAAGAUCAAUUAAAUCAGAAGUGCUGCAGAAGGAUCUCAUCAUCGUGGAAGAGGAAAUUGGCUGUGUUGUACCCGCAGCUUUAUUGGAGUCUCAAGCCAAAUCCUGUCUCUGUCAGUUGCAUUAUGAGCUGCUGCUGCACUACAUUAUGUGUUCUUGGACACAAGAGGGAAAAAAGCCAUGUCCUCCUGCUGACUCAGUAGAUUCUCUGAUGGCAGAAAUGCCAUUUGCUGAUACAGAUAUUGAAGAUGAAUUUGCUAGAAAUAAACAUGGAAAAGAAAAGGAAGAGGAUUACUGGAAAGGAAGUUCCAGAAGACAGGGAGAAGAAAGAAAGAAAAAGAAAAAACAGUACCAGCCAAAUUAUUUCAUUUCUCUUCCAAUUACUAAUCCAGAGAUUGCUGGCAACGUUCGGGCUGUCCAAGAUGCAAUAAUACAGAAGGAUGACAGGCUUUCCAAAGCAAUGGUUCACUGUGGUUCAUUGCAUGUCACAAUGUUAGUGAUGCAUUUAUCCAGCAAAGAAGAAAUUAGCAUAGCAAUUGGUGCUCUUUCUGACAGCAAGGAUUUUGUAGAAGACCUCCUAAAAGGAAGAACUGUGGAUUUGUCUUUUCAAGGAAUUGAUCAUUUCAAAAAUGAAGUUGGAUUUGUGCAGUUGGCAGAAAAUGAUCAUACAGCUAUACUUUCAGAAAUAGCAGAAACUAUGAGGAAGAUAUUUCAAGAAAAGGGCAUCUUGGCAGGAGAAGAAAGAGCUUUUAAGCCCCAUCUGACCUUUAUGAAGUUGUCAAAAUCAACACAGCUACGUAAGCAGGUGAGCUCACAUUUCAGAUAGCUCAGCAGCAAUCUA